AUGCACAACUGGUCCAAGAGAAGGCCUAUAACACAGGAGUCCAGCUGCGAGUGUUCAAACUGCAUGAUUGAGUGUUAUUGUUACUACCAAGCUUGCAGUUCAAAUUACUGGUUUGAUGACAGGGAACCAUUUGAGGUAGUGAGGCAUGUGGGCCCCAUCGACUAUGAGAUCCAGCACUCAGAGAAGAAAAAGGAGACUCAGGGCACCGAGAGCAUUUCUGAGCCCUAUCAACGCAUCAACCACCUCAUGGCAGCUUUCAACCGCACCCUCUCUGACCCGUCAACAUUUAUUCUAGCAGGCAUCCCUGGCCUGGAAGCUGCUCACAUCUGGAUUUCCAUCCCUUUCUGUAUGUUCUACUUUAUCAGCCUGUUGGGAAAUUUCAUGGUUUUGUUUGUUGUAGGCAAAGAGCAAAACCUGCACAAGCCGAUGUACCUGCUGCUCUGCAUGCUGGCGCUUACAGACAUUGGCACGUCUACCUCUGUUGUGCCGAAGGCACUGUGUAUAUUUUGGUUCAAUUUGAAAGAUAUUACUGUGGGUGGCUGCCUCACCCAGUCGUUCUUCCUUCACACGGUUUCUGCUAUGCAGUCAGCCGUCCUUGUGACAAUGGCCUUCGAUCGCUAUGUUGCCAUAUGUAACCCCCUGAGAUACUCCACCAUCCUCACCAAUGCACGAAUAGCUAAGCUAGGGCUAGUGGGUUUGACAAGAGCUAUUCUCAUCAUGCUGCCCGGGCCCCUGCUCCUGAGAAGGCUGCCAUUCUGUGCCAACCGCAUUAUUCCCCAUACAUACUGUGAGCACAUAGCUGUGGCGAAGAUAUCAUGUGGGGAUAUCACAAUUAACAGGAUGUAUGGCUUGGUGUUAGGAUUUGUAGUAAUCGGGUUAGACCUGAUGCUCAUUGCCCUGUCCUAUAGUCUGAUCAUCAAGGUCGUCCUCAGAAUCUCCUCCAAGAAUGCGCACCAGAAAGCCCUGAACACCUGCACAGCCCACAUCUGUGUGAUGCUGGUUUCUUAUACUUCCGUCCUCUUCACUGCUCUGACACACCGAUUUGGUCAGGGCAUCGCUCCCCAUGUUCACAUCAUCUUGGCCAACCUCUAUUUCCUCCUUCCCCCCAUACUCAAUCCUAUCAUUUAUGGAGUCAAAAACAAAGAGCUUCGUGAUAUAGUGGGCAAAUACAUUUGGGUGAUCAUCUGCGGCCACUGA